UACACUCCGGAGAGUGGCUGCAAUUGAAGGCAGGUCAGUCCCAGCUUAGCUGAACGGUGGACAGUUUUGUAAACAUACUUACCGUCAACUUGAAGCCUCGUUCUGUAGCUCGGUGACUUUUCUGGCCGAGGUUGCCAAGGUGUCUCGCAUGUUUCCACGGUGCUGAUCAUGGAAAGCGGCAUGACGAAAAGUCAGUGAGCUGCACUCAUGGUUUGUGUCUCAUGCCAGUACCAGCCAUGGUAGAGCCUGUGGGUCAUCACCAGAAGCGGUUUCAGGCUGCUGUUGAUGUCAUCCAUAAACUCCCCAAAAAUGGCUCCUACCGGCCCUCCUAUGAGGUGAUGCUACGUUUCUACAGUCUGUACAAACAGGCAGUGUGUGGUCCUUGUACAGUGCCUCGGCCUGGCUUCUGGGACCCAGUGGGCCGCUACAAAUGGGAUGCGUGGAGCCGACUGGGAGAAAUGAGCAGUGAGAGCGCCAUGGCAGCAUAUGUGGAUGAGAUGAAGAAAGUUGCGCAGGAGGUCAUUGAGACUAUGCCCAUGGAUGAGAAGACUGCUUCACUCUUCCACUACUUUGAGCCUCUAUACCUGGUAAUUGAUGACAUGCCUCAGCCACCAGAGUCACUGCUCAAACUCAGAGCAGACUCUGCAGUGCCUGAGAUUAUGGCACUCACCAGUGAUUCAGAAAGUGAAAUUUUCUGUGACUCUGUGGAUUCAUUGGAGCAGCUCAGUAACAUCAAGACCAAGUCCGACAGCUUUCACAAUGGCCAUGUGUCACCGGAGUCAUCUACAGUCCAAAGCCAGGAGGAAGGCCGAAAGGUUGGGGCAGGCCAAGGUGGAGAAGGAGCAGAGGGCAGGAAGGAUCCCAUCAGGAGGAGUCGGCACACUGGGCGAGAAACUUCCCACCACAACUGGAGAGAACGAGGUGCACCACAGGGAAGUUUGGGGCGGUCCCCAGGUGGUGGAAGUGGGCAUGGACAUGGAGGGGAUGGUUCAGAAGGUGGUGCAGAGAGGCUGCGUGAGGCUCAUCUACAGCAGCAGAUCAUCCUGGCUCUACAGAGGCUCAGACAGGACAUGAGGAGCGUGAUGGAUAGACUGGAAGUGGUGGAGAGGCUUGCUGCCACGCAUGCUCAUGCUUCAGAUUUGAGACCAUGCCUGCGGUGUUCACUACAACAGGAACAGAAGUGGUGGCCAUUUGAUGUGUCUGGUCAGACUGUCCUCCUCUUUCUGCUAUGGCCUUUUGUUGCUCAUUGUCUGGUCUACCUGCUGAGGAAGAAAAGUUGCAUGUCUUCAUGAAGCAAGCUAACACAACCUCUGACCAGUGAAGAAGUUCACCACCCUCCUGAAUGAGUGUGUUCUUCCUGUACAUCAUGCUGUUCAUAGACAGAAUGUAGUGAUUUGACACUCACGUCAGGAUCCUUAACAUGCUUACUCACUACAGCAAAUCUUCAUUAAUGUAAUCAGAUUAACCUUGUUGAACUGCAGGAUUCUGAAAUUAAAAAUUUUUUGUCUUAAUUAAA